CAAAAGCCGAAAGCCGAACGCCGAAAAGCUAGUUCUUUUUUUACUGAUUUAGCCGUUGAGUUUCAGUUUCUUCGCCUCCAUUUAUCUUCGUUUUCCCCAAUUUUACAUUUUUUUUAGUAUUAUUUCCUUAUUUAAUUUAAUUAAUCGAUUACCAAACCCUGAAAAUUAUUAAACCCCUCCAUUGACCUCCCUCUCCUUCUUCGCCUUGUUCCUCACGCACUCUCUCUCUCUCUGCACGAAAGCCCCUCAAAUUCUCUUUCUCUCCGGCAAUGCGCGUCGUUUUGUCCCUCUCAGCAUGAACAACAUCUGUCACAGCUCCUCCGCCUCCUCCACCUCCACCUCCUCCUCCAUCAACACCGCUGAUCCGAAUGUAGUCUCGAGUCGGAGGAGCGUGGAUGGUGGUCAAGCCCUGGCAGCUGAGCCAUCGCGUCGAUGGCGUGACAUUUUCUGGUUGGGAGUGUUUCUGAUUCAUUUGAUUUUGGUGGGAUGUGCUCUUACGGUUCUGGGGACCAAUAGGUUUAAGAAAACAGAUAGGCUAAACAUAGAUAGGUACACCCAGAGAUUUUUGGAAAAUGAAAGGGGGUUGACGGAGAACUAUUGGCUGCUUUAUGCUCUUGCCGGGGGAGUUGGGACACUUCUUGGUUGGACAUGGUUGUUUUUCCUCCGUUCUCAAGCGACUCACAUGAUGAAGGUUGCGGUUCACAUCUUGACUACUUAUCUUGCUGUGAUUAGUGUUCUAUUGUUCUGGAUGGAACAAUUUUUCUGGGGUGUUGCAUUUGCGAUUGGUGCUGUUUUGCAGUUCAUGUAUGUUCUUUCAAUUGUGGACAGACUUCCCUUUACCAUGCUGGUGCUGCAAGCAGCUGUCAAGAUGGUAUGGAGUCUUCGUGAAGUUAUGAGAGUAGCAUAUGCUUUCAUGCUUAUUAUGCUUUUAUGGAUGGUAUUAUGGUCCUUCGGGGCAGCUGGUGUUGUAGCGUCAAGCAUUGGAGAUGGUGGACGCUGGUGGCUUCUUGUGGUUCUCUCUAUAAGCUUAUUUUGGACGGGUGCAGUACUCUGUAAUACUGUGCAUGUUAUAGUGUCUGGGAUGAUGUUUCUUGUUCUUAUCCAUGGUGGUAGGGAGGCACCAUCAAUGCCUCCAAACUCACUGAUGAAGUCUCUUCGGUAUGCAGUCACAACUUCUUUUGGCAGUAUCUGCUAUGGUUCACUUUUCACAGCUUUCAUUCGGACACUGCGGUGGAAGAUCAGGGGAGUCCGGUCCAAGAUAGGCAACAACGAGUGUCUACUUUGCUGUGUUGAUUUUCUCUUUCAUCUAGUGGAGACUCUUGUCCGUUUCUUUAACAAGUAUGCCUAUGUGCAGAUAGCUGUUUCUGGCAAAGGAUUCAAUCAUUCAGCGAGGGAUGCCUGGGAGUUAUUUCAGUCUACUGGAGUGGAGGCUCUUGUUGCCUACGAUUGUUCAGGUGCGGUUUUAUUGAUGGGAACAGUUUUGGGCGGGCUUAUUACUGGAACUUCCGCCGGGAUCUGGACAUGGAUUAAGUACAGGGACAGAGUGGUUAUGGUGGGGUCCACUGCAAUGUUGAUGGGAAUGGUCUUGAAAACCUUAGCAUGGAUCAUGUAUUUUCAGGUGGGGCUGGCGAUGGUGGUUGUGGAAAGUGCCGUUACAUCUAUUUAUAUUUGUUAUGCAGAAGACCCCUUGUUGAUUCGCAGGUGGGAUGCUGAGUUCUUCAACCAGAUGUCGGAGAUGCUACACCAGCGUCUUCAACAUAGGAGCUCACGAGCGAGGGAAGUGUUGACCCACCAUCACCUUGAUAACCACACACAAGAAACACUCCCCGCCUGAAAAGUUACCUGCGAUAAAACAUGUACACUGUUAUAGGAUCUUUGUCACUCACAAAAGAGGGAAAAUGUGAUAGGUAGAAAAUUUUGUUUGAAGUUAAUUGGUUAGGCAGAGCUAUGACCAUAUAUACGUUCACGUCGUUGGAUUAGAGUUGAGAAGAGAACAAUGAGACUGAGGAAGCAACUCCGUUUUUCCUUGCUCUCAGGCUCUCAAAGGUUCUUCUUCUGAUGGAUUUGUUACUUCCGUUAACCGGAUGUACCCGUUGGAGGUAUCACUUGUUUUUGUUCAUAACUUGGCUUUUUUGUUUUGAUGUCUUGAUUGUAUGUAACUUUUGAAUUAUCAAUUCAUGGAAAGAUAACACUUUGAUUUGCAUUUGUUACAUGCAAUCAAAGAUUGCA